AUGAUGCCUCCUCCAGCGUCGACUCCCGGCAGCGAGCACAAAUGGGAUCCCUACGGCCCCAACUUCCUCAUUGUCAUCGGAAACGGCAUCAACCAGACGAUCUUCAAUGUCAGCGAAAGCUUUCUCUCCCACUACUCCGGCUACUUCCGCAGCAUGUCCUCAACGUCCAGCUUCAGUCCCAUCUUCCCUCACAACGACGCCGAGAUCCGCCUUCCUGGAGACGACCCAGAAGUCUUCAGCAUGGUCCUCCACUAUCUCCACCAUCGCCGAUUCCUCGACUCGACAGUUCAUCCCUCGCACAUUGUAUCAUUCGACAAGAUCAUCGACAUCUGGUCCUUCGGCGAGGCGAGAAUCAUGCCCCUCAUCCAGAACGCCGCCGCCGACCUCUUCGCCAACAAGAUCAAGCUCACUAAAACGCUCCCAGACCGCUGGAGCAUCGAGUACCUCUGGGAGCGGACCGAGAAGGGAUGUCGUCUGAGAAAGAUGCUAGUGGCGUUCAUUAGGGAGAUGUGGAUCCCUGACGGACAUCAGCAUCACAUCUGGGGACAGCUUGCCGAUGGACAGAGCGAGGAUCCUGAGCGGCUUGUUUGGCUGAUGGAAGCACUCCUUGGUAGCAAGCACGAGAUUCGAGUUAGUGCCAAGACUUGGCGACGCUUGCAGAGCUGCGAGUGGCAUGUCCAUGAGGACUUUGUCUGGUGUGAAGGAAGCGAGGAGGCUAGUCUUGAUGAUCAGAGAGACCUGCCGGCGACAAAGAAGCAUCGACCGCGAUCAGCGAGCUGGAGCUUAUGA